CGACGGAAACUGCGCGCGAUUUGGUCUUUGGGUAGAGCAACUUUCUAGGUUUUUCUCACGGCCCUCCCCCUCGACAUUUUAUUUUCCCACGCACGCACACACAAAAGUACAUUUGCUCGUUCGCCGUCGUCGUCGUCGUCGUUGUUUCCCACGCCUUUUUGUUUACCCUUUCACAAACGAACGCUCAUCGCGCGCAUCCCUUCACUUGCAACGAUAAUGCAACCUUCUCGCAUCUAACGCAUUCGCCGCAUCUUGUCUUCCCCCCACAUAGUCUCUUUGAUGUUUAUCUAGUCUGCUCUCUAUUUCUACUCUUAAUUCUCAUUACCUUUUACAAUCAUGUCCCCUUUCUUCGCUAUCGCCACCAAGGGCCGGUUCUGAGCGCUCACACGCUUACGCUGCAACCCGCUUGUGCCGCAAACGCACGACCUCUCGUUCCCCCCCUUGGCCUAGAACUAACAACACGAAUCACGCCUCGUUUACAUAAAUUCCCCGUUGCCCCAUCCGCCACUUGGUACUUUUACCUCUUUGGAAUCCCCGGUCCUCCGCUCUCGCUACCCUACUCCCCUGAAACGCUGAACGCAUAAAAUGGAUGUACCUAGGAAUGUGAACGCCGCACCGCCGGCGGCUGCAGAGCCGUUUUGGCAGCUGCAGCCGCAGACAUGGAAACGUCAGUUCAACAUGAGCGUACUGUCCAAUACAACGGUCUAUGAUGAAUCGUGCGUGCAAACGCAAAAUGAAUGUCCAGCGACACCCAAACCGAUAUCGCCUGCCGAGAUAUUUUCGCGCAAGGCGGAUUUUGUUGAGAGUCUAGUAGAUACCGCGGUGAAGCUCCUCCAAAUGUCGUGGAAAAAUAACGCACAGCCCUCAAAGGCUCGACUGGUUCCCCUGAAGAUUUUCAUUGAGGAAAUUUUGAAACGAUCUCGUACCUCCUUCUCAACCCUGCAAUUGUGUCUCUUGUAUCUCGUGCGUUUCAAACACCAUCUUCCCGCCUACACCCGUACUUUGGCUGCCGAAGCUGCGAGCGGCAUCAGCACUGGACCAAAGAAGGCGCACCCUUCUUGCUGCUGCCGUCGCAUGUUUCUUUCGGCCUUGAUUGUCGCCGCAAAGUACGUGCAAGAUCGGAAUUACAGCAACAAGGCAUGGUCGAAAAUCAGUGGACUGCCCGUGGAAGAAAUCACUUGCAAUGAGCGAGAAUUUCUGCGGUGCAUCAACUGGAAACUAUACGUUUCGUACCGUUCCUUUGUUACGUGGAGCACAAUGCUUUUGAACGUUGCGCACCAAAUUCGAAUCGAAAAAUUAGGACCUGAUGCGACCGGAGGCGCCAUGCUGGUCGUGGUUGGUAAAAACCCUGAUGGUACAAAUCGGUUCGCAGUUCACCGUGAAAGCAAAGUUUGCGAAAAGGAGGUUGCCGUGCAGCCCUUGGCCACAACGGAUGUACCGCUUACUCCGCCCACCGAGCAAGAUGUGCUUGUCGACACACAGGGACCCCAAAUGUAUCCCAGUACUGAUCUUGGAGCGGGAUGUUAUUAUCCGUCCCCCGAGACUGUUGCUGGCGAUGAAAUGGAAAGUUCCAAUGUGAAAAUUGCGGGCGUAAAGAGAAAGUUGGACGACGUUGGCAAUGACGAGCAGGAUAUGGUUUUGAGAAGUGGGCAAGGCAUGGAGAGUAUGGUAUGGUAAAUGGACGCAGUAUCGCUCGGCCUUCGUUCGAGUUGACUGAGCUACUCACGUAUCCUACUACCGAUCUGUACUGGAACUAUAUGUGCUACUUUCUCUCGAUACUGCUAUUACAGUCGCUUUCCCCUACUGGUGCCUUGUAGGUGGAAUGAAGCCAUGGGUUGGGUGUGCGGGCAUACCUACGAGGUGUGAUAAUGUACAGUAGUCGUGUGAGGUGAUGGUGGUUUGUGCACAUGUGUGUGUGUACAGUCUCUUGUGCUGUGUGUGUCGUGUGUUUUGAUGUGGGAGUGUUGGAGUUGCGGGUUUUGGCGAGUUGAUGUGUGUGGGGUCGCAGGUGAUGGUGAGAGGAAUGUGGGGGGUGUGUGUGUGUGUGUGUGUGUGUGUGUGUGUGGUUUUCUUUUACCUCUUUGUUUCAUUCUCUCUACACAUUUUGAUUCUGUCCUCUUGUUCUGUUGACUUGUGCGACGGUGUAAUGGAUGCUGAUUGUGUUGCUCAUGAUUUGGGGUUCCAUUUUUGGUUAUUUAUUGGAGGAGCGUUGAGUUGCGAGUUCCUUGCGCAGUGUGUCCCUUUUUUGAAUUUGGGCAGAUGGCAAUAGAUAUUGAAGUUAUUUCUCUGGCGCAUUUUACUCACUAUUGCAAAAACUGUUUCUCUAUCUUCUGAAAUCCC